GGCUCCCGGUGCCCGCGGGCGCUGCCGCUUCCAACGGAGGGCAUGCAAAUACCGGGAGCUCCCCACGGCGGGGAGGGGGCGGAUGGACUCCCACAGGCCAUGUCCUGCCGGCGUUGAGCCUGCGAGUUCAGGAAACAAACUCAAGAGGAUGAAGCCUAAUAAAGGAAAGACUUUAACUAGAGAGAGAGACUAUGUGUACAAAUUCAGUGCCGGAAAUGAACAUUUGGUGAUUACCGUGCCUCUCAAAUUCCCUGUGCAAGAGAAUAUCAGUCAUUUACAUGGACGUCUGAUGGUUCUGCACAACCUGCCAUGCUUUAUAGAAAAUGACCUGAAGCAAUCUCUUAGUAAAUUUGUAGAAGAGGAAACCAUAAAAGAUUAUGACAGAGAAGCUGAAGUGGCUCUGGAAGCAGUGAAAUCAGGAAAAGUAGACAUCAACCAGCUGGUAGAUACUUGGGCUAAAGCAUAUAAAGAGACAACAUUAGAACAUGCCAAACCUGAAGAAACCAGCUGGGAUGAAGAUUUUGCAGAUGUUUAUCAUGAUCUAAUCCAUUCUCCAGCUUCUGAAAUGCUGUUAAACCUGGAACACAAUUAUUUUGUUAGCAUUUCAGAAUUAAUAAGUGAAAGGGACGUGGAACUGAAAAAACUACGUGAGAGGCAAGGAGCUGAAAUGGAUAAGGUGAUGCAGGAGCUUGGGAAGUCGCUGACUGACCAGGAUGUGAAUUCCUUAGCAGCUCAGCAUUUUGAGUCUCAGCAGGAUUUGGAGAACAAAUGGACCAAUGAAUUAAAGCAGACUACUGCUAUCCAGAAGCAGGAAUAUCAGGAGUGGGUGAUAAAGCUUCAUCAGGACCUAAAGAAUCCCAACAACAGCUCAGUCAGUGAUGAAAUUAAAGUUCAGCCCAGCCAGCUGAGGGAAUCUGUGGAAGGAAAUGGGAGAAUCUAUGAAGAGCAAAGGCUGUUAGAAGAGAGCUUUACUAUUCAUUUAGGAGCUCAGCUGAAGACCAUGCACAACCUGAGGCUGCUGAGAGCUGAUAUGUUGGAUUUCUGCAAACACAAGCGCAAUCACCGCAGUGGGGUGAAGCUGCACAGGCUUCAGACUGCAAUGUCCCUCUACUCAACUUCCCUGUGUGGCCUGGUGUUACUGGUGGAUAACAGGAUCAGCUCAUACAGCGGAAUCAAGAGAGAUUUCGCAACUGUUUGCCAAGAAUGCACAGAUUUCCAUUUUCCUGGAAUCCAAGAACAACUUGAAAUUGUCCAGAAAGUUGUACUUAAGGCCAGAGCACAGCGUAGCAGCAAGACAAAAAGACACCACGAAAACAGAAUCAGUGGGAAUGAAGAUAAACUAAAGAAUAUUGAACGAAACCAGUCAAACAUUUUACCGGGAGAGUUCUACAUCACACGACACUCAAACCUCUCAGAAAUCCAUGUUGCCUUUCACCUGUGUGUGGAUGACGUCAGGUCUGUGAACGUGACCGCCCGGGACCCGGCCAUCAUGGGGCUCAGGAACAUCCUCAAGGUCUGCUGCACACACGACAUCACCACCAUCAGCAUUCCCCUCCUGCUGGUGCAUGAAAUGUCAGAAGAGAUGACCAUUCCAUGGUGCCUGAAGAGGGCAGAGCUUGUGUUCAAGUGCGUCAAAGGUUUCAUGAUGGAAAUGGCUUCAUGGGAUGGAGGAAUUUCUCGGACUGUACAAUUCCUGGUACCACAGACAAUUUCAGAGGAAAUGUUUUACCAGCUGAGUAACAUGCUGCCACAGAUCUUCAGAGUAUCCUCCACACUGACUCUGACCUCCAAGCACUGAUUUCUGUGGGGUACUAACCUGUAUCCUAUUGGCAGAGGAUGAGAUUAAGGAGAUUCUGGACUAGCAUGUCUCUUUCCUGUGGACUGAUGACCCCAAAGUGGCAUUUGUUGCAGUUUCAAGAAUUGUGCUGUAAUAAAAGAUAAAUGUUGUCUGUUCUUGGCUGGUA